CGUCAGCAGUGCCACGUCAGCAGUGCCACGUCAGCCACACUGCCACGUCAACAGUGCCCCGCCACCAUGACUGGCUCAGUUCUGGGCAUGCCAGGCCAACUGGCAAAUGAGUCAAUUGCCGAGUACCGACAACGUUUCGAAACUCAGCUCGCACUAAUCGCGGCUGAGGAACAGCGCCAGCUGGCAGCCGAGGCUCUCCGCCUACAGGCUGAAGUAGCGGCAAUAGCUGAGAAGCAGUGGCUUCAGGCCGAGGCUGAAGCAGAUACCCAGGCAUGCCGCAAGAAGGCCCAGGAUCUGCUACAGCGGCAUGAAGCCUCCAGCAUCGAAAGGCUCAAGUAUUGGCACUUUGAACCAUCCGAGGAUCACGACGACGCGACACCGGAGGAACAACACAGGGAAUUCAUGGCCAAACUCGUGACUCGGUUGGCGUACACUUGUAACCACCUGCAGUCCGAACUGGCGAAUAUGCAGCGGGCCAUGCGGAACCACAAGGCUCAGCAAGAGGAUGCAGCACAGGCACUUGACUCCCGCGUACAGGACUUGGAGCAAGCUGCACCAAGACCGGAGGCUGGCGAGUCCAGCAGUGCACCCUCUGCCCGCCAACUGGAGCAACGAGUCGACCACGUCGUCACAAUGCUCGGCGACAUCAGCACCUUCGCUGCGCCAACCACCAUCAACAAACAGUUGGAUACCUUGAAGACCGAGGUUCAACAACUGCAACUGCCUAACAAGGAUGGCAACAACACAACGCAUUAUAAGAUGCCGACAUUCCAAAUUGAGAAGUUCGAUGACUACAUGCAUCAAGACUCGGUCCUCUUGUGGGAAGGUUUUACGACGCAACUUCGGAUUCUGUUCGUCGCCAAGCACUCAUACAUCGGCGCCCUGUUUCUCAGCUCAAAGGGUGGAUGCCAGAUCUGGUUAAGUCACCUGGCAUCCAUCCACGGCGUCGACGUCGCAGAUCUGAAAGAUAAGAUUUCAUGGCAAGAGCUAACACGGCUAUGGAAGAAGCGGUUCAUCGUGGACGACGACCCGAUGCUCGCCAUCAACCGCCUCUUCGCUAUGACGCAAGGAAACACAACGAUACGUCAGAAGAUCGCAGCAUCUCCCGAUCUCGACUUGCCAUUUUCGCAUCUGCGCCGCGAGUUCUACAACAGGUCAUGUGUUGCAUUGAGCCUUGCACUUGGUGAUCGUGAGCAAUAUGCAACCUUCGCUAAAAUCAUUGACAAGGCAAGGGAGAUCAUCAAGACCAACAGGGCGGCUGCACACGAGAAGUCAACGUGGCAGCUAACCUAUGUGGAGAAGGUGAAAACUGGUCCGCGUUCUCAGCAUGUCGCUGCAGUCCAUUCGGACAACAUUGUGGAAGACCCGGGAGCCACCCAAGCGUCACGUGAGGGAGAUCAGGUGGUUGUUGUCCUGCCGCGAAACAACAACAAGUCCCGAGGAAACGGGAAGACGAAAACCACAUCGCCGGCCGGAAACGCACAGCCAGCACCAUGGGUCAAGUUUCACUUGACCGAGGCCGAGUACAAAUACCACGACCGCUACAGCUGCUGCUAUUGUCGGAGUUUGGACGAGCAUGUGGAACACCUGCGCACCGUCUUGGAGCGACUACGACAAGCCAAGUACAAAGCCAACCGCGACAAGUGCGAAUUCGCGCGGCAGGAGCUGGAGUACUUGGGACAUUAUGUGACGCCGCAAGGCAUCCGUCCACUUGCGGACAAGAUCGAGGCCCUCCGCGUAUGGCCCGAGCCCACCAACACCAUGGACGUUCGUUCAUUCAUGAGGUUGGCAGGCUACUAUCAGCGAUUCAUCACCGGAUACUCAAGGAUUGCCGCACCUAUGACGAGAUUACAAUCGCCAAAAGUGCCAUUCGUAUUCGAUGACGACGCACGCCGGUCAUUCCAAGCACUUAAGACGGCUAUGCUCAUGGCACCCGUCCUUAGCAUCUAUGACCCCACCCCACCUACGAGAGUGACAACUGACGCUUCCGGCUAUGGCAUUGGGGCAGUCUUGGAACAACACGACGCCGACGAUUGGCACCCUGUGGAGUAUUUCAGCCACAAAGUGUCACCCAUCAAUUCACUUGAUGAUGCAAGGAAGAAGGAGCUUCUCGCAUUGGUGAUGGCUCUCAAGCGAUGGCAACACUUCCUCCUUGGGUGGCGUAGGUUCACAUGGGUUACGGACAACAACCCCUUGACUUACUACAAGACGCAGGAUACGGCGUGCAGCACGAUCGGACGAUGGAUGUACUUCAUCGACCAAUUUGACUUUACACCGAAACAUCUCCCCGGCCUCUCCAAUCGCGCAGUAGAUGCACUCUCGCAAAGACCUGAUCUUUGUGCUAUGACACAUCAUGCCUUCGCAUUCGACGAGGAACUUCAGCGACACUUCAUCCGGGGCUACGAGUCGGAUCCGGACUUCGCCACGUUGUAUGUGCAGUUAUCUUCGGAUCACCCGCCGACCAGCCACUAUCGCAUUGUCGACGGGUACUUGCUCCUCCACUCGAGAGGCAAGGACUUACUAUGUGUCCCACGAGACCGUUGUCUUCGGACUCGCCUUCUCGGCGAGUAUCAUGAUUCGCGACUCGCCGGCCAUUUGGGAGUCAACCGCACCAUUGCACGGCUUCGACAACGAUUGCGAUGACCCGACCUCAUUACCGAUGUCACUCGGUAUUGCGAUUCUUGUAAAGUUUGUCAACAAAGCAAGCCCCGCAAU